GUUGGAUGAAACCUUCCUCUACUACUCUACACCCCCGCCCCCCCACAGCCCUGGUCCCCACCCCUAGAAGAAGGCGGAACUGAGAGAAGAAGAGACUUUCGGACAGAAGAGCCAUGUCUGACUCUCUGGUGGUGUGCGAGGUGGACCCAGAGCUAAAGGAAAAGCUGAGGAAAUUCCGCUUCCGAAAAGAGACAGACAACGCAGCCAUAAUAAUGAAGGUGGACAAGGACCGACAGAUGGUGGUGCUGGAGGAAGAAUUCCAGAACAUUUCCCCAGAGGAGCUGAAAAUGGAGUUGCCGGAGAGACAGCCCAGAUUCGUGGUUUACAGCUACAAGUAUGUGCAUGGAGAUGGCCGAGUGUCCUACCCUUUGUGUUUCAUCUUCUCCAGCCCUGUGGGCUGCAAGCCCGAACAGCAGAUGAUGUAUGCAGGGAGUAAAAACAGACUGGUGCAGACAGCGGAACUCACUAAGGUGUUUGAAAUCCGUACCACCGAGGACCUCACAGAGACCUGGCUUAAAGAGAAGUUGUCUUUCUUUCGUUGACCUCUGGACUGGGAACCUGGAUUCC